CAUGCGCAGUAGAGAUAGCCGCAGUUAAACAAACACGGCUGUCACUCAGUGUAAAAUGCUCAUCUCGUCCAACUUUUAUUUACAAAUUAGUUCUUAAAAUUGUUGUAGUUAUUAACAAACACGACUUAGAAAUGUCGAGUUCUGCGUGGUCGGACACAGUCCUCCAGCUGCUCCGCCGAAUGAACAAUUUUUAUUCACCAGGAUCCCGUCGUGCUAAGUGCUUCAGGUUUGAGAUAGACGGAGCUCACGUUGGCUGGAUUCCUCCCCGCGUAGCCCCGCUGCUCACGCGGUAUCCAGAUGUGUUCACUCCGCCAGACGGUGGCGCAGUGUCUCUGGUUCCCCGUCUGGAGUCCUGUGAGGAGAGAUCCGAGGCCGUGGACGCUGUCCUACGGGCCCUCCGACAGGAGGGCUCCCUAUCCUGUCUGAAAGGUUGGAGAGACGAGAACUACAGUGUGAUGCCAAAGUUCUCUGACCCCCCUCUAAUGUGGAUGGAAAGAGCAGCUACAAGUCUGUUUGGGGUGAAGCGGUAUGGAGUCCAUAUCAACGGUUACACUGUCAGUGACAGCGGGGAGGUCAGCAUGUGGUUGGCUCGACGCUCCCCGUCCAAGCAGACGUACCCUGGACUUCUGGACAACUUGGUGAGUACAGAUCUCACCUGCCCCUGUGCACGCGCACGCUGCCACAGAGACGAGCAACGCGUGAAUGGAGGAGGCUCAUGUGCUGUUUUCCUGAAGGCAGCGGGUGGUCUGGCUGCUGGCGUCAGCAUUAAACACACACUGAUCAAAGAAUGUCAGGAGGAAGCGUGUAUCCCAGCGGCCAUAGCUGAGAAAGCUCUUCCUGUAAGCACAGUAAGCUACACCUAUGAAGAAGAGGAGGGGAUCUUUGCCGAAAGUCAGUUUGUGUUUGAUGUGAAACUUCCUCGGGACUUUAAGCCCAGGAUCGGGGAUGGGGAAGUGCAGGAUUUCUACCUGCUGCCUAUAGAUGAGGUGAAGGAACUUCUGGCCACAGAUGACUUCAAGCCCAACUGUGCCAUGGUGGUCCUGGACUUCCUCAUUAGACACUCCUUUAUUGAGCCUGACACAGAGCGUUUCUAUCAGGAGUUUGUGGAAGGACUCCAUCAGACAUUAUAGAAGGCAGCUGAACAUUGAGUUCUGAUAGGAGAUGACACCACGCAACUAAAUUACAGACUUUUACAUGUAUUCAGUUGCUGUGGGUUUUUUCACUUGAUUCAACGAGUUCAGGAUGGUGACAGUUGAACAAGCACUGGAUCUGGUCUGAAAAAAUGUCUUUGUAUUUGUGUUUUAUUUUCCUUUAUUGCAAUUUAGAAUAUUUUAAAAUGUGAGUAGAAUAACACUUUUACACUGGAGUUACUCCAGUGAGUCUCAUAUCCACGUCAGCUGCACAGGUACUGAGUUAUGUUUUAGCACGGUUUAUAAUCUGAGUUAUAAGUGCAUAAGAAGCCACUAUUUAAGUAAAUUGAUUUGUAUUGUAAGUAAAAAAACGAAUACAAUGGGAUUCUGCCGCUUACAUAUAUAAUGUGUAUUAUAUAGCAAAAUGUCUUUAGGGGUAAUAAUCACAGAAUCCAUGAGACAUCAAGAACUAAAUCUGAUAAACAUGCACAUUUAGCUUUGCUCUCAAAAAUCUGGAUUGAAUAGCUCAUUAAGUAUGUUAAAACGGUUAAUACGUCAUGUUUGUACUUUGUGAUGCACCACCUGCCAACACCAGGACAAAUUCCUGGGUCUGUAAGGUGCUCUCUCCAUGACCUGGCAAUAAAGCUUUUUAUGAUUUGGA